AUGAAAAGUACCCGCUCGACCGCAUCCAGCGCAACUGGACCAAUCUGGACGAUCGCCGAGCGCCUCGGGCACGACCGCGUCAUCAUCAAGCAAGUCUCGGUCGCCAACGGCCUCCGCAUGAAGGACCAGUACCUCCCGUUCGACCAGGACCCGUCGACAAAUGUGCUCUCGAAUGACCCGGUCGUGCAGUUUCGGCAAUUUGAACACAAGACGCACGUGUACCACCAGCGCAUCUUUGCGCAAGACGUGCUCAAGUUUCAACAAACGUUGGCGCAGAUCCGGUACGAGUACGCGACCGCGCGCAUCGAUUCGAUGAGCACCGAGCCGAGCCCGGUGGGCAGCCCCGUCGCCGCGCCGCGGUAA